CAAAAAGCAGAAUAUAUUAAGUUUAAUACUUCUUAUAAUAAAUUAAUAAUAAAAAAAUUAAGUUAAUAAGUUUACCCAAAAGUGAUUUUAAUACAAAAACUGAAUUUUUCAAGUCAAAGUAUUUUUUAGUGUAUUAAAUUGAUUUUUAUAACUUCCUUAUAUAAAGUCAUAAAAAACUCAUAUACUUACAACAUAAAAAAAAUACGUCCCCUCAUGUAAACUUGCCAAAAAGUUUAACAUGUUACCUUUAAGACUAAUCAAUACAAAAAUGUAUUGUAUCAAAGUUGUAAAAAAUUUAAUUCAAAAAAUUACUACCCCUCAUAUUAGACUUAUACACAGUUUAAUAUGUUAUACACAUUUUCAAUUAAUAAAACUUCUAAAAAAAAAUUGAUCUUCUAUUAUAAUCACACUAACAUUUAAAAAUAUAAAUUAAUGAAUUUUAGAUGAGUAAUGAACAAUCCACCUCCCGUACCCGGCCGAACUACGCCCUUUAACUGAUGAAGAGCGCAACAACGAAGAUGCCGUUUGGGUGACACCCGAAAUGGUUGAAGAGUAAAUAGCUAUCAACUUUUUCUAAUGUCAAAUAAUUUUUUCUAAAGUGAAAAAAUGUAAUCAAAACUUCUAUUAAUAAAUAUUAUUAAUUUUUAAAGCGAAAAGGAUGUGUUGGAGCAAAUCAAAGCCAUAGUUGGAGGCCAUUUUCUUGGGAAUUGGGCUUGCUACACGGACGUUGACCCGAAGGUCUGUGAAUUUUGGUGGAAGCUGUUCAAGGGCAAAUUUCGAUGGGCCGAAGCACAAGGCCCUGCUAUUCUUAGAGCGUAGAAUAAAAGGAUUUCUAGCUGGCUUCGUCCCACUUUUAGGCGUGCCCGAGAGAGAGGGGUGCAACCCAUAUGGUGUUCGGAUGAAGUGUGGGCCACUGGGCUUUGGAUCCAAAUUUCUUGCUAAGAAGCACAUCCGGCAAGAAAAACCGGAUGUCCGAGAAAGCCUUGGAGACAUAAUGGCACGGGGGCCACAAACCUCAGAGUAAAAAUUAAGAAGCUCUAGCGGGGCCGGAGAAGAAGAAGAUCUUGAUCCUCAAGGUGAUCAAGCACUGUUGGACGAAGCACGGCGAUGAAUCGGAAGCCGAUAUGCCACCCCGCAUCGCUGAAAUCGAAACGAAGUAUAACACAACCGUUGAGAAGAAGCGUGCUAAACUAGGUUUGACCGAAUCAGAUGAGAUCGAUUCUGAUGCGGGUGAUGAUACAAUCCUCGAGGCAGCUGGGGUGUACAAGGGUCGGGUUCCCUGCAUGGGGGCCGAAGGGCAACGGAUUUUGUACAACCGUAGCGGAGCUUCAUCUUCUCGCUCUAGGCGGGGAGAGGAUCCACGUAUUGCCCAAAUGCAGCGGGAAUUGGAGGAGCAGCAGCGAGCAUUGGAGGAGCAACGGAAAAAGGAGGAAGAAACAAGAGCUCGGCUGGAAGCGAUGGAACGGAUCCUCAACGCCGGAUUUCGGUCUCAGCCUCAGCCUCAGCCGUAUAUACUGCACCCUGAGCAGACUCCUCAAGUUCCGCAGAUGGACGGUUAUUUCCAUUCCAACUCCGGGUCCGGGUGCCUUCAUUCAGAGCUUUUCAGGACAUGUCUUAUAACCUGUUUCAGACACCUGGAGGCAGCCAAGGCGGAGGCAGCCACGGAGGCAGCCGCGGAGGCCAAAGCGGAGGUAGCCGCGGAGGCAAUCGAGGAGGCAACCGACACGAAGAACACGAGACCAAAGACGAUUAUUUAAAUUAUGAUGAAUCUAGAUAUUAUCAUAACGGACGAAGGAGUCUGUAAUGAUACAUAUUUAAUUUAAAUUUAUUUUUUAAAUGCUUAUUCUAG